GGCACAUUGGCCUCUUGCUUGGGAAGGCACAGAGGUGGCAGCAGCAGGGUAGGCGGCACGUUAGUCUCACACAUGGCGGAUUAUCUGAUCAGCGGAGGGACCAGUUAUGUCCCGGAUGACGGGCUGGCGGCACAGCAGCUCUUCGGGGCCGGAGACGGACUCACCUACAAUGACUUCCUCAUCCUCCCGGGGUACAUUGACUUCACAGCAGACCAAGUGGAUCUCACCUCCGCGCUCACAAAGAAAAUCACCUUAAAGACCCCGAUGGUUUCCUCCCCCAUGGAUACAGUCACAGAAGCCAAUAUGGCUAUUGCAAUGGCGUUAACGGGCGGGAUUGGCAUUAUGCAUCACAACUGCACCCCAGAAUUCCAGGCCAAUGAAGUACGGAAAGUAAAGAAAUACGAGCAGGGGUUCAUCACAGAUCCAGUGGUGCUAAGUCCCAAACACCGAGUCCGACAUGUAUUUGAGGCCAAGGCCCGGCAUGGGUUCUGUGGGAUUCCCAUCACUGAGAAUGGAAAGAUGGGGAGCAAGCUGGCGGGAAUCAUUUCAUCCAGGGACAUCGACUUCCUCAGACCCGAGGAGCACGACCUUGCACUCAGCGAGAUCAUGACCCUAAGGGAAGACCUUGUUGUGGCGCUGGCCGGAGUGACGUUGAAGGAAGCCAAUGAAAUUUUGCAGAGGAGUAAAAAAGGCAAGUUACCCAUUGUUAACGGCAACGACGAGCUGGUGGCCAUAAUCGCUCGCACUGACCUAAAGAAGAACCGCGAUUAUCCGCUCGCUUCCAAAGACGCAAAGAAGCAGCUGCUGUGCGGGGCGGCCAUUGGCACACACGAGGAUGAUAAAUAUCGGCUGGAUCUGCUGGUGCAGGCCGGAGUGGAUGCAGUGGUCCUUGAUUCAUCACAAGGAAACUCAAUUUUCCAAAUCAAUAUGAUCAAAUACAUCAAAGAGAAGUAUCCCGAUCUUCAGGUGAUCGCUGGCAACGUCGUAACUGCCGCCCAAGCAAAGAAUCUGAUAGACGCAGGGGCCGAUGCGCUGAGAGUGGGAAUGGGAAGUGGCUCAAUUUGCAUCACUCAGGAAGGAGAUAGCCAGGGAGGAGAAAUCCAGCGCCGCCAGAUGGAUCGUCGUCAUGUCACCUUUUCAGAAGAAGAGCGCAAGCGGAGUAUCGUGCUGGCGUGCGGGAGGCCUCAGGCCACGGCCGUGUACAAAGUGUCGGAGUAUGCCAGAAGGUUUGGUGUCCCUGUCAUCGCAGACGGCGGCAUUCAGACUGUCGGACAUAUCGCAAAGGCCUUGGCAUUGGGCGCUUCCACAGUCAUGAUGGGGUCCCUACUGGCAGCCACCACAGAAGCCCCAGGUGAAUACUUCUUCUCAGAUGGCAUAAGGUUAAAGAAAUACAGAGGCAUGGGCUCUCUGGAUGCCAUGGACAAGAAUGUAAGCAGCCAGAAGAGAUACUUCAGUGAGGCAGAUAAGAUUAAGGUUGCUCAGGGUGUGUCUGGAGCCGUCCAGGACAAGGGAUCCAUUCACAAGUUUAUUCCAUAUUUAAUUGCUGGAAUUCAGCAUUCGUGCCAGGAUAUCGGCGCCAAGAGCUUAACGCAAGUCAGGGCCAUGAUGUAUUCAGGUGAACUUAAGUUUGAGAAGAGGACCAUGUCAGCACAGGUGGAAGGAGGAGUGCAUGGACUACACUCGUAUGAGAAGAGACUAUUCUAAAGCCGCUGCCAUCCAUUUGCCUGAUGCCAACAUGCCCCUACAGCAGAAACUGUGCCGACAUACUGCAUGUGCUUGCCCUACGGAUCACCACGGGUUGCCUUACCCACAUCAUGCCAAGGACUGUGAGACGCACAGGGGCAUGUGAAUCCCACCAUUUUGUUCUACAACGAACUUCCAAUUAAAUGUCAAAAUGUACCUGCUGCCUGAUCAUACCACACACCAAAGCUCUUAUACUGUAACUGCAACGUGUGUUUCAUCUGGAACAGUGUAAAAUCUCAAUGAUUACCAUUUUUUAUGUCCUAGUUGACUGCAAAUAAACACUGAAACGUAAAGUAA